GCGCGCGCUGUGUGGGAAUGUAGUAGACGGGUUAUGGCGGAGCCGGAGCCUCAUUAACACUUCACAGCACUUUAUUAACAGACAGCAGAGAUUAGAGACAUGUGUAGCGCUGCUUUAAACUAACUGCGGACGAAUCCUGACGGCGCGUGCCUGUCGAAAAAGUAGCCCACCCACUGUGAGAGCGCUGAGCCGCCGGUCCGGUCCAGUGAGUAACGAGCUGGGUAUCUAGGUUAGCUAACUAGCUAGUGUAUGGGUUAACUAGCUAACCUAACUAACUAAUGCAGUUAGAAGAGACAAGGCGGCCGGUGUGUGUCGGUUGUGUUUACCGGCUAGCUUGGAUAUAGCAUUAAUUUUAGUUACAAAGACUGAGUUCAGCUACUUUCCGCCCGGUCUGUUUGGUAACUAACUAGCUGGGUUAGUUCAGCUAGUAAACUAACUUAGCCUAGCUACUGUUUACUGGGUUAACUCGUCGACCGGCGGCUCUGUGGCGCUUUGUUAGUCCGUAACUUGGCUGGAUGUUCUCGGUGAGAGGGAGAGGGAGCUGUGGGCUCUGCGCUCUCUUUCUUUUCCGAUAACAUGACAUACAUGGUUAUGAACUGAGGGAGCCGGCUCGGGCUCGCGGUGUCCAAACACAGCUGAAGUGUCUUCUGGAAUUCUAUGAUAACUUUAAGUUCUGCCUCGUUUCUGUGCUGAAUUUGGUGAAUUGACUGAAUAUUUAGGCUACCAAAAGUCCUUAUUGGUUCGGGCGCUCCGCCUCCGCUCAGCAGCAGCGUAAAGAAGCAACAGCUAGCUUUCUGUCAUCUCUCUCUCUCUCUCUCUCUCUCUCUCUCUCUCUCUCUCUGACUCUCUCUCUGACUCCAUUUCUCUUUUCAAUUUUUUUUCUGUCUCUCUGACUCUUUCUCUGACUCUCUCUUUCUCUGACUUUCUGUCUCUCUGACUCUCUAUCUCUCCAACUUUAUCUCUCUGACUGUCUCUCUGAUUCUAUCUCUAUCUCUCUGACUCUCCUCACGCACUCACACAUUUUCUCUGUCUCACACAUAGAUGCACAUCUUCUCUCUCUUUUUCUCUCUUUUUCUCUCCCUUUCUGAUUCUCUCUCUUCCUCCCUUGCCGACUCACACACACACACGUUCUCUUUCUCAUACACAGAUACACAUCCUUUCUCUCUCUGACUCACUUUCUCGCUCUCUGACUCUCCCUUUCUGACUCUUUUUGACACUCUCUUUCUCUCUGACUCUUCCUUUCUGACUCUCACUCUCUUUCUCCCUUGCUGACUCAUAGACACACACGCACACACACCUCUGUUUCACACACAGAUACACAUCCUCUCUCUCUCUCUCUCUCUCUCUCUCUCUCUCUCUCUCUCUCUCUCUCUCUCUCUCUCUCUCCCUCCCCUCGUUUUCUUUUUUAUGUCUCUCUCUCUCUCAAACACACACUAUCUCUUUUCUUUACGUUCUCGGACAGAAGGAGGAAAACAGAGGCUAGCGUUAAUGUGGGGUGAUGAUGUCCCCCACUCCUCCUCCCCCUCCUCCUCUUCUUUCUUCUUCUCCUCCUCCUCCUUCUUCCCCUCAUCCGAUUUCUACCCCUGAGAUGGUGUCACUUCUUCACAACUCCAGCUCAGAGGCGGCUCGCGCGCAUCGCCCCCAGCUUUUCCCCUCCCGGCGCUCGGCGGCAAGUGUCCUCUCGUCAAGCUUUGGUCAGCUGGUCAGCAGCACGUGAGGCGGAGCAGAGCCGGACGCUGUGUGUAGUGUGGUGGUAAAGUGCUGCAGCCUGCAAAGUUUUGUGUGUAAUAACUCUUUUAGGACAGAUCUGGGACUCACUGGCACAGAGUCACAGAGCGCCUGCAGCGCAAAGCAUCGUCGCUUCUGUAGUAUAUGCGCGCGCUCUCAGCGCUCCACGCACGUGUGCCACCUCCGCCCCUGGUGGUGAUGCCAUGCCCCGCGGGCACGGCGCAGACGACGGCGCCUCCGGCCUCUGGAUGAAAGCGUCCCCGGGGCGCGGAGCGGAGAACCUGCGCCUGAAGGAUGUGGAAGCGGCGCGCGGGGCCAUGAACCGGACAGGCCGGCCGGGGGACGGCGCGGACGAGCUGAGGAGCAGGGCGCAGGGCGCGCGCCUCAGCCUGCUGGGCAAGCCGCUGGCCUACAGCGCGCAGAGCGGCCGCCGGAACGCGCGCUACAGGAAGCUGCAGAACUACCUGUACAACGUGCUGGAGAGGCCGAGAGCCUGGGCUUUCGUCUACCACGCCUUCGUCUUCAUCCUGGUGUUCGGCUGUCUGGUCCUGUCUGUGUUCUCUACCAUCCCGGCUUAUAUGGACCUGUCCAACCACUGUCUGCUAAUAUUGGAGUUUGUGAUGAUCGUGGUGUUUGGUCUGGAGUACAUCAUCCGUAUCUGGUCUGCCGGAUGCUGCUGCCGCUACAGAGGAUGGCAGGGACGUCUGCGCUUCGCCAGGAAGCCGUUCUGUGUCAUAGACAUCAUUGUGCUCAUCGCAUCCAUCGCUGUGGUGUCAGCCGGCAGCCAGGGCAACAUUUUUGCCACCUCUGCUCUGCGCAGUCUUCGCUUCUUACAGAUUCUGCGGAUGGUGCGCAUGGACAGACGGGGAGGCACCUGGAAACUGCUGGGAUCUGUAGUCUAUGCUCACAGCAAGGAGCUGGUGACUGCCUGGUACAUUGGCUUUUUGGUGUUGAUCUUCUCCUCCUUCUUGGUUUACCUGGUGGAGAAAGAGUUCAACAAGCAGUUUGCCACCUAUGCUGAUGCUCUUUGGUGGGGGACGAUCACUCUUACUACUAUUGGCUACGGGGAUAAGACGCCACAGACAUGGCCGGGCCGACUGCUGUCGGCGGGCUUCGCUUUGCUGGGUAUCUCCUUCUUCGCCCUGCCAGCGGGGAUUCUAGGCUCAGGCUUUGCUCUAAAGGUUCAGGAGCAGCACAGACAGAAGCACUUUGAAAAGAGAAGAAAUCCUGCUGCCAGUCUUAUACAGUGUGUUUGGCGUAGUUAUGCGGCUGAUGAGAACUCGGUUUCCAUUGCUACCUGGAAGCCUCAUUUGAAGGCGUUGCAUACCUGCAGCCCUACAAAGAAAGACCAGGGCGAAUCCACCACAAGUCAGAAGCUGAGUUUUAAGGAGCGAGUGCGGAUGGCCAGUCCUCGUGGUCAGAGUAUAAAGAGCCGGCAGACAUCGCUGAAUGACCGUCGUUCUCCCGGCACAGAGGUUGCCGGAGAAGGGAGCAGCCCAGCCAAGGUGCAGAAAAGCUGGAGCUUUAAUGACCGGACUCGUUUUCGCCCCUCCCUCAGACUCAAGAGCCAAUCACGGGCUGUGCCUGAAGCUGACAGUUUGGGCGGAGACGACUAUUUCGAUGAGAAGGGCUGUCACUGCGAUGUCUCUAUGGAGGAUCUGUCUGCUCCUCUGAAGACAGUUAUCCGAGCUGUCAGGAUAAUGAAGUUCCAUGUGGCCAAGAAGAAGUUUAAGGAGACGCUGCGGCCGUAUGAUGUGAAAGAUGUGAUUGAGCAGUACUCGGCUGGACACCUGGACAUGCUGUGUCGCAUCAAGAGUCUCCAGACUAGGUUGGACACAAUAGUGGGUCCUCCACAGACCCUGAGCAGCAAAUCCAAGACCUUUUCCUCACCCUCCCUGCACUUGUAUUACAGCCAGGCUAAGAGGAAGCACUCAGCCCCAGGAUUUACCACAGGCAUGGGUCCACAGCAGACCCUCAACCCCAAAGCAAGGAACCUGUCCUCUUCCUCUCUGCACUUGUAUUACAGCCAAAGCAGGAAGAAACACAGCAGCUCAGGGGUGGAUCAGAUCUUGGGGAAGGGGCAGAUACCCAUGGACAGGAAAAUGAGGGACAGGAUCCUUCCAGAAGGGGAGUCACUGGAACAUGACAUGAGCAUGCUGGGGCGGGUGUGUAAGGUAGAGAGACAGGUGCAGUCCAUUGAGUCAAAGCUGGACUCGCUGUUAGAUGUCUACCGGCAGGUUCUUCAGAAAGGCUCGUCUUCAGUGUUGGGUCUAUCAGCCCUUCCUCUGUUUGAGCUAGAGCAAACCUCUGACUACCACAGCUCCAUUCAGAGUAAGGACCUGUCCUCCUCCACACAGCUCUCAGGCAGUGGGGUUUCUCGAUCUGCCAGUGCUAACCUGCCCUGUGGCCUUCAGCUUGUUCUGGCCCCCAGUGAACUCAACCUGGGCACUGGCUACCCAACUUCCGCCUCAUCUUUCUCUCCUUCUCCACUGCUUCAUAAUCAGCCUUCUAGCCCAGACAGUGUUUACCCAACCUCGCCUCCCCCCAUCCUUACCCCUAACAACCUGUCCAGAGGUCAUCCCAACUUCUCAGAGCUGUCCAGGCCUCUACCUACCACCAACCCCAACACGAACACUCUGCAGCUGCCCACCAUGGCUCCAGGCACACCUUCCAGUCUGAUAUCAGAGACAUUGGAGGAAAGCAGGGCAGAGAGCCCUAACACCUGCUUGCUUAGCACCCAGACUGAAGCUGUUUCAGACAGAGAAGCUAAAUGUUCUCAGAGCAGUGUGCAGCUAAGGAGCAGGCCUGAGCGGAGCCCCAAAGAGGAGGGCUCAUGGAGGAGACACUUGAGUCUUGAAAUUAACCCACUGGGCCUGUUGUCUUCACCAACAAACCACCCACUGCAUUCAGACCGGGGACUGGGGAAAUCCUUUUCUGCUCAAAACCUUAUGCUGCCUUCUGGUGGGGACUGCCACCCUAAUCUAUCGGCUCGGAGCAGCGGCAGCAGCAACAACGAGUCCAACGACCGGGAGACCCUGCCAGACUGGGGCAACACAGAACUCUUCAUCAGUGACAAAGAGCUGGCGACCAACAAAGGGAACUUCAACUUCCUUUCCCAGCAAAGCAUGGACACCAGCUUCACCUCAGAGCUUGUACAAACGGGAACCGCUGGGCCUUCUCACAGUCCAGCUGGACCUUCAGGCAGCUCAGAUUCCCUGAGCCUGCCUCACGUCCAUCUAAAGUGACCCCAACCAACAGCGGCCUGACUGUAGAGACUAAACACCACCUCUGGUCCCGUAUGUGCUUUUGUUUUUCCAAAGGAAAGGGGAUGCCAUCUUCACUUUUCACAAUUGUUUCCCUAAUUUUCUGUGUCAGUUGGUGAAAAGACAUUGUGUUGCACACAGCCUUUAAGUUCAUACAUACAUAUCAUUUGCAUGGACGUUUGUGUCAGAAAGGGAAGGGAUAAUUUAGUAAGGUAAAGGUAAUGCAUAUUAAAAGAGCAAGUUGAAGGAUUAUGGUAGUGAAUGAGCUCUAAUCUCAGUCUUGCAUGGACACUGCAUGUUUAAAAUGCAACAGCACAUAGGAUUGAGAGUGUUUAUGCAUAUAUGGUUAUGGACAACCCCCUGACUCAGUUUUCGAGUUCAUAUUUCAGUCACUUCUUUAUAUUGUAGUCUUCUUAGAAAUGCAUCGUCUUAGCUGCCAAGUCAAAUGGUUCACCAGUCGAAGAAGGCCAGUAUAAGUGGCUGCAUUGUUGGCAGGCACAAUGGAUAUCUGUGGCUGCCUAUAGAAAUAGUGUCAUUAGAAUUUAUUUUGUUUGCUCAUAUGCAUCUUAGAGCACGUUACUGAAGUCCCCACAUGGUUGGGGCCUCAAGUUCUUAGCUACACAAAAACAUGUCUUAGGCUGCUUUGAGAGGGGAUAAUAUGAGAUUGGUAAGAGGUUGCAAACUGAUACACUAUAUGUCCAAAUGUAUUCAUACAUCACUUUUAAUUACCCACUUUAGGGUCAUUCAGCUACUUUAGGAUAAACACAAUGCUUGUUAAUUUGUGCAAAAACAGCUUGGAUAAUAAACAUAUAAAAGCAUUGCCAAUACAAUGGUACCCUCUGUAACAAAUAAGUCUAACUUGUAUGCUAGAGGUACACAAAGCCUACCAGGCCACUAACAUUGGCUUACGGAGCAAUGGAACUUCUGGAACAUCUGUUCUCCGGUGUGAUAGAGCAACAUCCAGUACCUUUAAGACAAGUUGGAGGGGGAAAUUGUUAUCCAAAACUAAUCAUCCAACAUCAUAAAUGCUUCUGUGACUUGAAUGCCAACACAUUCUAAGCAGAACAAAGGUGCAAACUUACUUUUAAAGCCAACAGUAUACUUCAUAUACAGUACAAAUGUAUCUUUGGCCAGACUAACGCAGUCAUUUGUGAGUUUGUACAGUGUGGUGUGCGCUAGGGCUGCACAAUAUAGAAAAAGCUGACAUUGCAAUAAUUUGAUGUACUGUAAUAUAUAUUGUAAUAUUUUAAAAAAGAAUCAGGUUUUCCAAUUUGUCAUGAUAUAAAUAAUGCACUGUGUAUAUCAAAGACUUUUGCACAUGCACACAGUGUAAUGAUAAUGCUGAAACGACAUAUUAUGCAUCCCUAGUGGGCACCAUUUACUAAACAGAACUCAGAAUGAAGAAUCAGAAUGUCAAUUGUUCAGAGUGCUCUUCCUGCAGACUGCAGGUUGCAUGGUUGCUUGUGUCACUGCAUGGAGCGGGCCUCCAGUGGCGCUGAUCGACAAAGACGUGCACCAAGUUCUUUUAAAGUGUAGUGAGUUUGAUUUCAUUUUUAAUAUUUUAAAAAUGUGUACUGUCACUUUUAAUACCUUUAAUGUAAAAAGAAAAGCUGAACGAACAGAUGUACUGAAACUUUUGGACAUAUAGUGUAUUCUGAUUUAGGGAUAUUAGGUAAAUAAUAUUUCAAUUAAUAACAAGUUGAAAGGUUAUGUUUUUUAAUGCUUGGUAAAAUACCCCAUUAUAAUCAGCCACAUUGACAUCUUCCAAUAAAAAGUUUGCUUUUCUGUUAAUUAUGUUCUUAUUGUGUGACAUUGCAUAUUACAUAAUUUAGCACACUUAUGUAUUCUGUUUUAUUCUGCAGCCCACAGCAGUCUUAACCCCAAACCCAGUGUUGCUUCCUUUGCUUUUCUUUACUUAAUUUUCCAUUUGGUUUCUAUUCUGAGUAAAUCAUAAGUGCUUUUGCAAGACUGGUUGUCAGUGUAUCAUGUAUAUCAGUAUGUCAGUGGCUAUUUGUGUGUUUUUAAGUUGAUGUUUUGUUGUUUUUUUCUAAAAACGCCUCUGGUGUACACAUUGAGGAUUAUCCUGGCACUGUAGCUUACAACAAUUGGAAGCACAAUUGUUCAGAGAUUGGAGAGAAACCUGCAAAUGUGAUGAAUGUUUAUUUUUUUAGCAUAAUCAUGUCAUUGUUUGUAAUCCAGAUACACAGAAAGAACGGUACAUAUAUUUCUGAGCAUUGAUGUGCGCUGUCAUCGUUCAUGAAUUCUCUGUGGAGUAUAAGUUGCAGAAUAAUGCUGUAGACUAAUAAUAAUCUUAACAUUUUUUUUUUUUUUUUAGUUUUAAAGAUUUUUUUAACUAAAUGCUUCAUGGUGCCUUUUGCAUUUAACUACAUCUUGUUUCUGUCCUAGUUUCAUUACAGUACUCUUACUUUGACAACUUACAAAAACUGCUAAAAGUUUAGUUUGAGAUAAUUUAACAUUCUGCUUGGCUGUGAACAUAGCUCUUUUUUUCCAAUGAAAGCAAGAUUUAUUUUGUUUUGUCACUAAUUUAGUAAUUUAUUACACAAAACUGGCCUUAAUAUACAUGCUUGAUAAUGUUAGAGUUCUGUCAUGCAGAUUAAUUUAUUUCAGCUAUGUGCACAUAACAGAGUUGAUGCUCUGGGAUUGAAAAAUGCAAAAUGAAAUUUUAUCAUACUUAAAUAAAGAAAAGACUUGAACUCA